AUGGCGAAAGCACAGGUUGAUACUGGUGAACUCUUUCUAAGUCGACUCUCAGAAACUUGCGUUUGUCGUCCAGGUGAUAACGUACUUCUUGAGUGUUAUGUUCGUCAUCAACAAGUUAAAUCAAUAGCAUGGUAUGCCAAUGGUGAAUUAGUUGAACCAAGAGGCUUUCGUAUGUGGCAUCGAUAUUUACCAGCAACAGGCCAAUGUACAUUUUAUAUACGUUCUGUACUCUAUUCGGAUGAUGGGAUCUAUUGUUGUGAAGCAACAAGUAAAGAUGAUCGUAUUGAAGCAUUGGAAAUUAAAUUAAAGAUUGAAAAUAUUGAUAAAUCUUGGACUAAAAUUCCUGUACUUCUCAUGGCGGGACAUGUUACACCAGAAUAUGAAGAUGAAUCGAACACAUUACUCUUCAACUUAGACAAUAGAAAAACGAUUACUGAUGAAAAUAUGUUUCCAAUUCAUUGGUAUGAAUUACGUAUAGAUCGGCCAUUACUCGAUCCAACAAUAUCACUUGAAUAUACUUCACUACAAUUAUCAUGUCGUAUUGCUGGCCUUCAUAUUGAUAAAUUUGAAUGGUUUCGAAACGGAGAAUUGAUUGCUGUUUGCAGUCAAAGUCCAUCAUCGUCACUUAUAACAGUAGCAACAACUGAUGAACAAGAUCGUGGUUCAUUUCAUGCAUCUUAUGACACAUUACCGGCACAUUUUAUAGCUUUAUUAACUAUUGAUAGUACAACAAAACAACGUCAUGAAGGUACCUAUGAAUGUCUUGCAUCAAAUGAAUAUUUUAAAGUUUCAUCAACAUGCGAAGUUAUUAUUAAAGAAGUCGAACAGCAAAUAUUAACAACUGAUCAAACAAUAUUUUCUCGCUCAAUCACUGACGUGAAAAAGCGUACAGAUGACACUGAUGAACAACAACAACAAAUACUUCCAACGGAUCCGAAAUAUUUUCGGCUGGAUGAUUUAUCAUAUGACAAUCAAAAUCGACAUCAACAACCAUUGAUAAUCAGUCCUGUCGAAUCAUCAUUUCGAACUAUGGGCGAUCAAAAGGUUCCUUCAAUUGAUAACAAAAUAGAAAUAGGCAAAACUGUUAAAUGGAGUGAACAAGUAGAAACGUUUCGAAAAAAUGCUCCACAGAAUGAACUUGAAACAUUACUUCCGCCAAUAUCAGAAGCAGCUCCAUUAUCAUCAUCUGAUGAAAGUAGUACUGCAUCAGCUGGUGAUCUCGAACAAAUUCUUCGUUCGCACUCACUACUUGCAACACACCCACCGCCGAAAACCUUUGAAUCCAGUAGUGGUUCCGAUACCGCUAAUGAUUCCAUUGGCAUGUGUCCAGUAUUUUUUCAAUUACUUCCAUCCAAAAUGGAAUGUGAAGAAGGCGAACGUUUACUACUUUCAUGCCAAGUUAUGGCUGGUAUGCAAUGUCAAAUAAAAUGGUUACUCAAUGACAAAGUUAUUUCUGAAAAUAAAUCUCGUACUCGACGUCAUUAUAAUCCUGAUACAGGCAUUUGCUUUAUGAUAAUUGAUCCAACGGUGACUAAUGAUUCAGGCAGUUAUCGUUUAAUUAUUUCUAGUCGACACGGUCAUGCACAGUCAACAUGUCAAGUCGAAAUUUUAAAUCGCCAAUUACCACCUAUGCCCGAAGAUGACCUAUCCACACGUUUAUAUUUUGUCAGACCAUUGCCAUCAACAGCAAUCAUGUGUCGCGAUGGUGACACUGUACAGUUAACAUGUGUUGUUCAUGGACGACGACCAAUACAUGUUCGCUGGUUCAAAGAUGAACAACAAAUCUCAAUUGAUGAUAAAGAACAACAUACACGUCAGAUUUAUUUCGAUGCUUUAACUGGUAAAUCUACAUUGACCAUUCAUGAUAUUUAUCCAAGUGAUAGUGGAGUAUACCGAUGCGAAGCAAAUAAUCAACAAGGCCGAACAAAUACAACAACUACAGUUGAUGUAACACAUUAUCAAUAUGAAGGAGAUAGUGAAAUGUCUUCAGCAUCAUUUGCAUCAAGUCCACCAAGUGAACAUGAAGAAUUAAUGGGUUCACAAUUAUAUCAAUCUACAGAUGAAAAAGUUUUAUACGAAGAAUCUCGUCGACUUGCGAACGAAUUAGAUGCACGUAUUGCUGAUCUAUCGAGUGGAAAUAUAACGACUAUGAAUAUUGUACAGCAACAGCGGCAAUCCAAACAUGGUAAAAAUCCUUUUUUUUAUUUUACUAAACAUUAA